AUGCCUCGUGAUCCCCUCAUAGGCCUGGUGGGCAAGCCCAGUAGUGGUAAAUCCACCACGCUUAACAGUCUCACCGACACGGUGGUAAAAACAAACGCCGCUCCCUUCACGACCAUCACCCCGAACCGCGCAGUGGGCUAUCUGCAAGUGGAAUGCGCCUGCUCGCGGACAUCAUUACCAGGAAACACGCCUUCCUCUCCAAACGAGCCACCGCCAUUACAAGAGAGAUGCAAGCCGAACUACGGAGCGUGCCAGCAAGGCGUGCGCAGUGUGCCUAUAGAGCUUUUGGACGUUGCUGGUCUGGUGCCUGGCGCCCAUGAAGGAAAAGGACUGGGGAAUAAAUUCCUGGACGACCUCAGACACGCCGAUGCGCUGAUUCAUGUGGUUGAUGUUAGCGGUACAACAGACGCUGACGGAAAAGCGACAAGAGGGUACGAUCCCUCGCAAGACAUUGCCUGGCUGCGAUCAGAGAUUGUGAACUGGGUGCUAGGGAACCUCAAGGAAAAGUGGGGAGGCAUCAAACGACGCCAUGUCGCUGUGAAGGCGACUCCGGUGGAAACGCUGCAGAAUCAGUUCUCUGGCUAUGGGUCUAACUCCAAACUGGUGGCCCGCGUACUGGAUAAGCUGCAGCUGAAGAUACCCCUUCAAGAUUGGGACGACGACACCAUUCGACUGGUCGUGGAGACCUUCAUCGACGAGAAAUUCCCGACGGUCCUGGCGCUGAACAAAAUCGAUCACAACGAUGCAGACAAGAAUGUUUCGAAGAUUGCCAAAUCCGAAAAGCCCGAACGAAUAGUCCUUUGCAGCGCAAUCGCCGAAGUCUUUCUGCGGCGACUCGCGAAACAAAACUUCAUCCGAUACAUUCCCGGAUCAGAAUUCAUAGACACCAGAGAAGACCUCAUAGAGCAAGGCGAAGAAGACGGCGGCGGCCUGCUGGAGAUGGACGACAAGCUCAAAGCUCGAGUCGAAAACCUCAAAGACAUGGUGCUUUACCGAUUUGGCAGCACAGGUGUCAACCAGGUCUUGUCUCGCGCUUCCGAGUUAUUGGGCCUUGUGGCUGUGUACCCAGUGCGAAAUAUAGGCACAUUUGGGAGUGGCGAGGCUGGCACAUCAGGUGACAGGGCGGCCGUGUUUCGUGACUGUGUUUUGGUCAAGAAAGGCAGCACUGUUGGCAACGUCUACCGCAAAGUCAUGGGCGAUGCGCCACUCGCGUACUGCGAGACGGUUGGUGGUAUUCGGGUCAGUGAAGACGAUGUGGUAGCCCCUGGCAAGAACGACAUAUUGUCCUUCAAAGUUGGCAGGGCUUGA